CUUUAAAUGCUAUAACAAGUUCAACAUUUCUGUCAUUUGAUAAUGAUAAUUCUUUUAAUUUAGAAAAUAUUACUAAUAUUACUCUUCCACCACUUCCUAUAAAGACUAGAUGGAAUUCAUUAUUUAACUUUAUUAUUUGGCUAAGCCCUUAUAUAGAUUUUUUUCCUUUUUUUAUUGCUAAUGAAAUUAUUUUAGCAGGCGAUAAAGCAAGCAAAGCUCUUAAAGAUUUAAAUACAUCAUUUCAAGACAAUGCACAUAA